GGAGACACGUAAAUUCAAAAUUCGCGAGUCUCCCACUCUGUUGUCUAUAGAAGCAGAACUAGUGAGCUCUCUCUGCAACUUCUCUGGCAUCGGCAAUGGCGCUUUCAGCCGCUUUUAGAGAAAGACUUGAAGCCAUGGAGCAUACUCGCAACCAACGUCUUUCUCUCCUCCAGGCAGAGAAAGAGCUGCAAGCGAGCAAGUCCAUGGUGUUGUCGUCAAAGCUCGCAAACAUCAGAUCCAUGGAACAGAGAUGUUCGGUUCUCGAUCAAAAGAUUGCGUCCCAAAGUUUCAAAAUCUCACGCCUCAACUCCGAGAUCGAUAGGCUGGAUUCGAAAUACGAAACCGAUUCACGGCAGCUGAGGGUUUUGAAAAUCGAAGCAGAGGAGCUGGAGGAGUUGGAGAAAGAGAAGGACAAAUUUUACGAAUCGAAGAGCUUAGAAAUGAGGGAGUUCAAGCAAAAAGCUGAGAGGUUUGCUUCAGAAUGUAGGAAUGGAGUCCAACAAUUGAGGAAAGCCAUGAAUGAGGUGCAAGAAAGCUUCGAGAAAUUUCAAGGUGACCAUGGAAGGUGGAGCGAUUCAGAGAUUGGUGCGGCUGAGAUGAGGAAGUCACAAUUGUUAGCAGCGAAAGAGGAAUUGGAUAGGAAUUUGGCUUUCAAUUACCAAAUGAGAGCACAGUUGCAAAUGGAGCUUCAAACCUUUCUAGCUAUACACAAUCAUCCAAAAAGUAAAUAAAUUUUCUUUUAUCAAAUUUCAAUGAUGAAAUAGCGUUGCAAAUACCAAUAAAUUCUUUGAAUUGUCAAUAACCAAAAUGCUGAUUGGUGAUUUUUUUUUUUUUUUUUUUUUAGCUAUAUAAACUAAAAUUUCAUUUGUAUUGUUUUUGUCAAAUAAAUUUAUAAAAUAACCCAUUCCUAAAAUAUUUUGGACAAUUAACUGUAAGUUGACCUCAUUUGAUUUUAUAAAAAAGAUUUAAAAAUACAAAAAGAAGGAAUAAACAGAACUUAAUGGAUACUUUACCCCAAAAAAAAAAGAAAAAAAAAAAGGUAGAACUUAAAAUGAUAUUUUAGAAAAAAUAAAUAAAUUAAAAGGAUAUUUUGUUGUUUAUGUAAUUUACUUAAAAAUAUUUUGGUAUUUUUAGUAUCAACCAGUUUUUCCCUUGGUCCAAAAAAGAGAAGGGGAUCAGCCACUUUGCCUUAUUGGGGCGGAUAAAACCGAAACAGUCUGCCACGUACGUUCUCCUAUAAGUCUCCAGAACUUUCUUUUCAAGAAAAACCCUAAUAAAUUAAUAAUAUUCCCCGAUUACCCCUGUUUCGUUUGGCCAAACUGAUAAGUGUUGUUCCAGCAUUUUCCACAGUCUUUGAUGAUCCUACUGCAUCUGCAACUUUCUACCCCUCUGAUAUAUAAAACCGCAUAGAAAAGCUGCGGGUUUUUUCGACUUGUUCCUCAAGACUUCAGACGCAAUAAUAAGAAACAAAUCAAUCA